UUUUUUGUAGAAAUAAUUACAUUAGAAUUAAUAUGUUCAAAAAACUGAUAAAAAAAUAUUUUAGCCAUAGUCUUCUCCAGCUGAUCAUCUCAGUUUUGUAAGCUCCAAUUACGUAGCUUCCAUGGCGGAGCAUGUUAAAGUUGUUCAUGGCGAUGAAGUGAGUCAAGGUUGGCUCUCAAAGGUCGGACUCGGACGAGUCAGGGGUUUUGUCACGACGACUACUACUUUCAUCUUCUUCUUCUUCCUCGUCGUUAUUGCAGCCCUGAUUUGGAUGGAUGUUGUAAGUCCAUUUCGUUUUACUUCACCAAGUUCUAAAAUUCAUCGUGAGAAAAUUCAUCACGAGAGGAUUCAAUUUCCUCUCAACUGCUCCUGUUUCGUUAAUUACAUGACGGAUUUUGAGCCCGAAGAAUCAUCGGCCGAAACUUGCCCGGACUACUUCCGGUGGAUCCACCAGGAUUUAAAGCCAUGGAAGGCUUCAGGAAUUACAAGAGACCUGGUCGAGAGGGGAAUUCCGAUGGCGGAUUUCAGGCUCGUGAUCGUCAACGGGAACGUUUACGUGGAGAGGUACAGACCGUCGUUUCAAACCAGAGAUUUGUUCACGUUAUGGGGCAUUCUGCAGCUUCUGAAGUUGUACCCUGGAAAAGUACCGGACUUGGAACUUCUGUUCUAUUGUGGAGACAAUACUGUGGUAAUGAAAAGAGACUACGAAGGACACCGGGCCACAUCGCCGCCACCGGUGUUUCAUUACUGUGGAGAGAAGGCGGCUCUGGACAUUAUAUUCCCUGACUGGUCCUUCUGGGGAUGGGCAGAGGUUAAUAUAAAGCCAUGGGAGGAAACAUUGAGGGCAAUCAAGGAAGGGGCUGAGAGGAUCAAGUGGGAAAACAGGGAACCUUAUGCCUAUUGGAAGGGUGCUCCCACUUCCGCAGAUAGGGGAGACCUUUUGAACUGCAAUGUUUCGGAUAAACACGACUGGCGUGUUCGGGUUUAUAAGCAGGAUUGGGGUAAAGAAAUCGGAGAAGGAUUCAAACAUUCGAAUUUGGAAGAUCAAUGCACGCAUAGGUACAAAAUUUAUGCAGAAGGACGGACGUGGUCUGUAAGCGAGAAAUACAUAAUGGCAUGCGAUAGCAUGACCAUUAUGAUACAGCCCGAAUACUAUGAUUUCUUCUCAAGAAGCCUCAUGCCAAUGCGGCAUUUCUGGCCUAUCGGCCGCCGAAACAAAUGCAGGCAUCUUAAAUUUGCAGUUGAAUGGGGCAAUAAUCACACUCACCAGGCACAGGCCAUUGGGAAAGCAGGAAGCAAAUUCAUGGAAGAGAUGUUGACAAUGCGAAAUGUGUAUGAUUACAUGUUCCAUUUGUUGAAUGAAUACUCCAAACUCUUGAAGUUUAAACCGACGAUACCUCCGAAUGCGCAAAGGAUCUGUUCCGAAACGACGGAGCAAGGGUUAGCGAAGGAGUUCAUGUUGCAGUCGAUGGUGAAGUCUCCGAGUGAUAAACUUCCAUGUACAUUGCCUCCCCCAUACGAAUCUCGAGCGAUUCAAGUGUCUCUCAACGCAAAAGAGAAAAUAACUAAGCUAGUGGAGACAUGGGAGACUGAAUAAGCAAUAGAUAGAUAG